CCAGUGCCUAUCCCUUCCAUGUUACAACGGUGGAACAUGUCAUGACUUGAUUGGAAGUCACAUGUGUAAUUGUACUCCCGGAUGGGAUGAAGCAACAGACUGCAGAACAGAUAAAAAUGAAUGUUUGGCUGCACCAUGUCAAAACGGAGGAAAUUGUAACGAUAGAUGGGCUGACUUUUCUUGUGACUGUUCCAAACGGUUUAACGGAACAACAUGUGAAAAGGACUGUAGACCAGGGCAUGCAGAUAUAACAUUUAUUGUGGACACCUCAAGUAGCCAGGAAAAUGAUAUAAAUCGUACAGUAGAAUUUAUAUCUAAAUUUGUAAAUAAACUUCCGAUGGGCAAAAACGAGUAUCAGUUUUCUGUCAUCACAUAUGGAUUCCAGGCUCACCUUUUAUUCGAUUUUAACGACUUUUCAUCGAAGACGGACAUUAAAGAGGCACUUAAACAAAUUCAUGGAAAUCAUUCGCCAACGUACACUAAACUGGCUUUGUCAAAAGCUGUUGAGAUAGCGCAGAGCACGACAAGUGGAUCUAGGCUAGGCAAAGCAUCACAACACAUCAUACUACUUUACGAUGGGCUGUCAUCAGACCGAUAUAGUGCUGAAGAGUAUGUUAACACUUUAAAUCGACUUCCGGCGUAUAGACGACCAAUCAGAUCAAUCAUGACAGUUGCAGUUGGAAGAGCUAUCGAUCAUUCGGAGAUGAUAGAUAUUUCAAAUAAACCAGAGUAUACGUUUAAUUUGCUACAUUUUGAUGAUAUAUACAACAAACUCCUUAGAGAGACAUCACACAGAGAUUGCACAGAUUGUACUCGACACACCGAUACAGAUAUCAUAAUUCUACAAGACAAAAAUAUCAACCAAACCUCUGUCGGAUACAGAACAAGACAAGAAGCAAUAAGACGUGUUAUAGAAAAAGUAGUCCGUUAUAAUGAUGAUGCACAUAUCGGUUUGUAUUCAUACACAAAUAACAUAUCCCAGGUGUUUCCUUUGUCUUGGUCGAACAAUACGGAUAAAAUGGUGGCCACAGCUCUUCAAGUAGACAGAAAAAGGAGUUUGACUUCCAAUUUAAGCUAUGCAUUGAAUCAACUCAACCAGAAAGGUUUUUUAUCUUCAAAUGGAGGUAGAAGUUCAAAGAGGAAGAUUAUAGUUAUCGUUUCCGAUGGAAAAUGGCAGAAUUUUGAUGGUAUAAAAAGAGAAGUAACUCUGCUACAACAAUCACGUAUCGAGGUUGUCGGUAUUGUGGCUGGUCAGGAUUGCUCGUAUGAUAAUUUUGUAAGCGUCUUGUUUGACCCUAGUCAAGUGUAUUAUGUGGCUGCAAAUGAUUUUACUAGCUUAGAAUCUCUAGCUGGAAUGACGUCCUAUUAUGAAUGUGAUGAUGACAUAUUUAUCAAACGACAGUGAUGGUUUUCGAUACAUGCA